AAUUGAAACAAUUAGCGUUCCAAUAAAAAAAUCCGCUCAUUAAUCGGAUCGCUCAUGAUGCUCGGCGGCGCUGACCCUAGCUCGUUACGGCGCGCGUGGUAAGAAGAAAGUAGGCGUCUACCACAAAAUUGGCCGACCAUAAAAUUGGCCGAGCAGUUCAGAUCACUAGUGUAUAAGAGAAUACGGAAGGUACGCACCAAGAGAUACACAUGUUAUAGAACAUGCACUAAUGCGUAUCUCUUGUGUACCUUUCUCGAAGAAGAUGAAUUUUGAGGAUCAGAAUAAUAACACCCCUUUGCGUGGAGAUCGGAAUCAACGGAGAUAUCGCAGAGCCGAGCCAUUGAACAAUAGGGAGUCUAAAAAGUUUCUGGCGUCUACCCCCGAAGUGACCGUUAACAAUCUCAAGCAAUAUAACAAAGAGAAUAAUAAUCCGAAUCCGAAAAUCACACCUUGUCCGUUGAUACCGAAACAACUCUAUCAAGGAGACAGAUUCAUCCCGUGUCGACGUGGGUACAACUUUGAUAGGGCUCAUUAUCUAGUAACAAAGGAAUCGGAAAACGAUGACGGACGACAUAUACUAGAUGUUUCUAAACAGAUCGAAAUGUUAGACGCUAUGCAUCGACGCGAAGCUAUGCAGUUGAUGAUAUCACAGCAAGCGUUUAUAUCAGGAUAUUGCUUAUUGACAGGUGUGAAUCAAAAGAGGAUUCUACACUUUUCAACGACGCCAUCUCAAAAAACGAACUUCACAUAUUCUCCAGAUUUCCAAAAAACUGGAAAGUGGAAAUGCGUACCGCGUAAAAGACCUCUGAUAGGAAGUAUGGAGAAAAUGUUUUCGAUAGAUAAUUUUUCCAAUUUAGAAGAUGGGAAUGAUGCUAUGAUGGAUUGGAGCUGCAAUGACCUGAUUGGUAUGGGCAAACACGAUUGCGUGAAAGUAUACAAUAGCCAAGGCGAGACGUUGACAACGUGGACCGAAAGUGGACAGCUCAGCAUCAUUAAAUGGAGCAAUGAUGGCAGAAAACUAGCAAUAGGCAUACGAGAAUUUGGAUUCUCGAAGCUCAUUCUGUACGAUUUAGAAAGGAAUAAGAGCCUGUGGAGCCACAUUUGUUUUUGCGUUUAUAGGCUUUUGUCCUUUGAUAACGACGGACUGGAAGCAUGCGUAAGCAUUCGUUGUAUCUGCUGGACUCUGGAUGAUCGUCAAAUUAUCAUAGGAUGCACCAACAUGAUUUCGCUGUAUGCAGCUGAUACGGGCACGGUGCUACAUGCGAUAGUUGUCAAUUCUGUCCUAACAAUGAAUCUAUCGCCAAAUUUUAAAUAUCUCGCAGUAGUUACGCAGGAUUAUCGCUGCCGAGUAUUUCUCUGGCCGGAGAUGAUUCUUCACAUGCAAACUCGCUUUCGCAGUAUGAUAAAGGCAAUCGCUUGGCACCCGGAAACGUCCGGCCAGCUUUGUAUAGGCAACGAAACCGGGUUAUUGGUGAUAUGUGACUGUAUAAAAAAAACAAAGCCGCAUUUCAUCAACACAAAGUUCGAAAGUUCUGUAGAACAUCUCCUUUGGAACAAGUUAAGCGGCGAGCUACUUGUCCACUGGAGUUACAAAGAGGAGAACACGCAAUACACCAUCAUUCCAAUACUCGCCCAUUUGAAUAAAGUUGUCGAUACGGUCCCAUUGAAUAAGGAAACACAGCCUUCUUUUAUCAAAUUCAAUGCUGCACACGAUAAACUGAUAAUAUUUGCAGAUGAUACUAUCGCAAUAUGGAACUUUUUCGGCCCUAGAUCAUGUUUUCAAGAAAGCGUACCUCUUUAUAGCUACAAAAAAGGAAUAAUUAACUUUAAUCCAAUCCGAUAGUUUAUAAUUUUUAAAACUUAAAACUUAAUUAAAAAAUUUUGAAAUUCUUAAAACUUAUUCAUAAAACAUUUUUGGCAUCGAAAUAUUGCCUCAAGAAUGCGCACCUUUCUAUAGUUCCGCUAGGUGCAAAACAGAAACAAUUAAUUUUAAUCCUAUUCGAUAAUUUAUAAUUUUUAAAGUUUAAAACUUAAUUUAAAAUUUUUUAAAUUCUUAAAACUUAUUUGUAGAACAUUUUUGGUACCGAAACAUUGCCUCAAGAAUGCAUACCUCUUUAUAGUUUUGCAAGGCAAAAACCCGGAACUUCUAUUUUUUUAUGUAAUUCGAUAAAUUAAAUUAUUGCAUUUAAAAAAAAAAAA